UGGUACAUUAAACAUUGUAUUCUCGACACCGACAAAUACAUCAAACACUACAACAUGUCUACCUUCGCCAUCUUGAUCCUUUGCGUCCAAGCUUGCUUGGUACAGACUGUGUUCGGGCAGUGCUGUGGCUACGGCGGUAUCGGAUACGCCCCCGCUUUCGCCGCGCCCUUCGCCGCCCCCGCUCUCGCCGCGCCGGCCGCGUACGGGGCAGCCUACGGCGGCGAGGGUAUCGGCGACGUGGCGGUCGGCGGCCAGCUGCCGGUCGCCGGUAUCACUCAAAUCUGUGGACAAGUACCCAUCACAGGCGCAGUUGAAUUCGCAGGUCCUGUGAAAGCAUCCGGUUCUGUUACCAUCACUGGCAGAUGUACUUGCGGAUGCGGGUGUGGAGGUGGUUAUUACUGAAAAUGAAAAUAAUUUAAUUUAUUAUACUUUUUGUAAUUCGCCGCCAAGUUAGUUACUUAUAAUGAUAGUUUAUCAAAACAUUAAUAUUGAUGACUAAAAUAAACAUUGUAAUGUAAUUUAUCAACAAAUUUUAACUGAACAGAUUUUUAUUGAAUUUAUAUUUAGAUGCGUCAAAAAUUAAAAAUUCAUCAGCUAUAAAUUCUAAUAUAAAUUUAUUGCGAACUUAACAAUAUCUUAUUCAUAAUUAUAUCACCAAUGGUAAAAAACUAUUGUGUGUAUUGUGAUGUAAGUCUAUAUUAAA